AUGCUCCCUUCUGGGAUCUGUAUGCACCCUUGGCCCUGUGCAACUCAACUCGUCUGCGAAGGGCUAGGUCCAAGUCAACAUCCCCCUCGCUUCCGGCAUCCGUGCUACCCCCCCGAACCGUGUAAACAUCACAUCCGUCUAGUAGAAGAACCAGCGCAAAAAACCCCCACCCAUCCACGCUUCGAAACUGCUCGCCACGCCUGCCCAAACCCCGUUGCCCGCCGCCGAGACCGCCCUAUGGACGCAGCCACCGUCUCCCAGGCGCGCGCCCUUCUCCCCCGCGGCGCCAUCUACGGCGACUGGGCGGCAUCGGCCUUGCCGCUGCCGCACGCUUCUUCCGCCCCGUUCCUCGCGCCCGUGCACAACCGCGACACCCCGCACCAGCACCUUGCGCGCUGCGCCCUGCGCGCCUUCCUCGGCGACUCGGCCCACGCUUUCCACGUCAUCUUCACGUCCGGCGCCACGGACGCCCUGCGCACCCUCGCCCACCGCCUCCCGUGGGCCCCCGCCGACGCCUUCGUGUGCCACGCCCACGCGCACAACGCCGUCCGAGGCAUCCGCAACGAGGCCCUGAACGCCGACGCCGCCUUCCGCUCCGUCACGUCCGCCAGCCUGGAGCGCCACCUGCGUCGCACGCCCCACCCAUCGACCCCGACAUGUCCCGCCGACGCGGAGGCAGAGGCCGCCCGCCCACCGUUCGCAGUCCUCGCGUAUCCGGCAGAGUGCAAUCUCACGGGAACUACCUUCCCGUUCCGCUGGGCUCGCGAGGCGAAGCGCUGCGGCUUGUACUCGUACUCGGGGGAGCAAGUGAUCACGUUGCUGGAUACGGCAAAGCUCGCAGCUUCAUCCCCUCUCGUCCUUGACGACCACACCCCAUACGUGGACGCCGUCGUCUUUUCCCUGUACAAGCUUUCUGCAACUUUCACCGGGCUAGGCGCACUUCUCGUGCGCCGCGACUCGCUCCUCGAAUCGCUCCUCAAGUCCACCGCCGCUUCUUCGUACUUCGCAGGAGGCCUCUCUGUCGACGCUGUCUCGCCGUUCUCUCCACGUCUUUUCGCACCGUCCGCGGAUUUGCGAACGCAGCUCGAACUGGGCACGCCCAAUAUCCAAGCCAUCCACCACCUUCCGUCGCAGCUCGCCCGCUUCUCGCCGCCGAGCAUCGUCAUGGCCGGCAUACACGCCCAUGCCGCCGCGCUGGCAGCCUUGUUUUCUAGUCUUCUCACCGAGGUUUUUACGCCGCGAGGGGUGAAGAUUCACCGUGACGCGGGUCUACCGGCGGACGAGCAAACCGCCAGCACUGUUGUGGCCUUCACUCUAUAUCGCAUCGAGGGACGGUCGAGACAAUGGCAUCCCAUCGGACACAACGAGAUUGGCACCAUCUUGAAGCUGAACAACGUGUACGCGCGUACGGGGUGCAUGUGCAACGCGGGGGCUUGCUGCUCGGUGCUGGGUCUUACGGACGUGGAUGUUGCGGCCCAUUUUGCGAAGGGGCAUCGCUGUGGGGAUGCUAUGGACGUCAUUGAUGGCAAGCCCACGGGCCUUGUACGCAUCUCUUUCGGGUGGGGUAGCCGCUCCUCAGAUGUGCAUGCUAUACUUAACGUCUUGCGGAAUCACAUCAGCUAUUCCGUGUACGGGUCCCUCGGUGAAGUGGACUUCGGCACCGCCCCGAGCUUGUCUCAUUUUGUCGUACGGUCACUCCAUGUCUACCCCGUCAAGUCCUGUGCCGGGACAAGUGUCAAAAAGAUCACAUUUGAUAAACGAGGGGGUAUUCUCGGGGAUCGCCGUUUUGCAAUACAGCAAGCUGGAUCUCAAGCCCUUCUUAGCCUUAAAACCUGUCCAAUAUUGGCCGACUUGACUGCGUGGUUAGCCAAAGACGAGACGUGCCUCGUGUUGGAACUACACAAAAAGCGGGUACUACCCGGAAUGCCUCGAAAGAUGGCAAUUGACCUAGGCAUAGAUUCGUUGACCCCAAAACUACAAAGCAUGUCAUUGCCGUCUCCAACUACAAAGACCAACCACUUGUCGUCAGAGGAGCAUGAAGCUACGGGAAAGUCAGCAGUUGGUGGAGAGGAGCUGUCACAGUGGCUCAGCUCAGUCGCAGGACGACCAGUACGUUUAGUACGCUUGGCGUCUCAAUGUUCGACCACACCAACGAGCUGCAAGACUAGUGAGGACGUGCUAAUAGUGUCAGAAACGGAGAUUGAAGAGCUACGAUCAACAGCCGGAAUAGAUGAUACCGCUGUGGUGCGUGAAGCGCUUCGUCCGAAUAUUGUUCUUGGCCCCGCCUUGGAGGGCACGCGGGAGCAGUACCAAAGUCAUCCCCCAAUGAACGUUUUCAAAUCCUUCAAUGCUGACGGCCUGCACAUGGUCGCGAAAAGAAGUUGUGUACGAUGUACAGUUGUAAAUACAGUUGCCAGUGCGAGAGGGUUCGACUUGCGAGGUGAACCGUUGAGGUCAAUCGCUAGAAUAAAUCGACGACGUCAGCAAAAGGGUUUGGUCUUUGGAGUGUUAGCAAAAGCGGUACCAGAUGCAGGGGAUGCGCCACAUCAUCAACGCAUGUACAUUCCUACUCAUCUUACGUUAAAUCAGGAGGUCACCGGCUCAUUUAGGGACAGUAACAAUUGCUCUGAAGGGACCCGAAAGUCUUCCAACGCACUAUCAUAUGAGCACGAAGGAUGA